AUGGUUCGCACCCACACCCUACACGCUCCUUUGCUUCUAUUGCUGUGUUCUGUCGCAGCCUCUCAUCAAUCACUCGCACUCAAUGUUCGCUCCUACCCUUCAUCCACGACGGACAGCAAGACCCCUGUAGCCCUUUCCCUCGCGCGCAAUGUUAACGCUACGGGUUCCCGGAACGUCCUUAAGUUAGACCAGGCCCGCGCUCAAGCUUUUCGCGCUCGCGCUCGAGGACCCAAUCAGAUCCCUAGCAAUGCAGCAGCGUUCAACGACGAAGCGACUGGUCGAGUAGUUACAUACACCGUCAAUGUGGCCGUCGGCAAUCCUCCUACUUCUUAUAACCUUCUUAUUGAUACCGGUAGCUCCAACACCUGGGUUGGGGCUGCCUCGCUCGAUCUCUUCCAUCCGUCAUGCCAGCCCACUAACGAUAUAGUGGCCGUCUCCUAUGGAAGCGGUUCCUUUAUCGGCCUUGAGAAGUUGUGCGAAGUCACUCUCGUCGAGGGAUUGACCAUUCCAGAGCAGUCUGUCGGAGUUGCCGCCAUUUCCAAGGGAUUUAAUGGUGUAGACGGAAUAUUGGGCAUCGGACCGGUAGACCUCACUCAGGGUACACUGGUAUUGGAGAGUGAGAAGGAGGUGCCAACCGUUACGGAUAACGCCCAGAAACUGGGGCUCCUCACUGAGUACAUUGUCGGCAUCUCCUUCGAACCCCUCAAUCAAGACAAUGAGACCAACGGCGAGCUCACGUUUGGAGGAGUGAACCACUCCAAGUUUAACGGCACAUUGAACUAUGCGCCUUUAACUAAGGUUUCUCCCGCAAGUAAAUACGUGGGAAUAGACCAGAAGAUCACCUACGGAGAGGGACAACCCGUGAUGCCUUCCGGGUCAGGCAUUCUCGACACCGGUACGACGCUCAUUCUCCUGGCCACUGAUGCCUUCGACAAGUACAAGAACUAUACCGGUGCACAGCUAGACAAUGAUACGGGACUUCUGCGCAUUACGCCGGAACAGUACGCGAACCUCAAGAGUCUCCAGUUCACAAUCGGCGGCGUCUCGUACGAGUUGACACAGAACGCUCAGAUCUGGCCCCGUACGCUGAACGCGGCGAUGGGCGGCGAUCCGGAAGGCAUCUACCUCAUUGUCAAUGACUUGGGUCAGAUCUCCGGAAGCGGACUUGAUUUCAUUAAUGGGAUGGGAUUCCUGGAGCGGUUCUACAUGGUGUAUGAUGUUGGGAAUUCGCGGGCGGGGUUGGCGACCACUCCGUUCACUUACGCGACGACGAAUUGA